CCGUUUCAAAUUUGAAAGCGUCCCAACCAAUCAGAUGCGAGCUCCGAGGGUGGAGUCUAUGGGCAUUUAAUCAAGUUUGUGCGCCCUGUAGCACAGCGACAAAACAGUUUACAACGAGACUACGUACAUUUUGCUGAGCAGUUGAGGCUGAAUAUAGGAUAUUACAACUAUGGGUAAAGAUCCUAAUAAGCCCAGAGGGAAGACGUCCUCUUAUGCUUUCUUUGUGCAAACCUGCCGCGAGGAACACAAGAAGAAGAACCCGGGAACUUCUGUGAACUUCUCCGAGUUCUCCAAGAAGUGCUCUGAAAGAUGGAAGACCAUGUCACCUAAAGAAAAGGGAAAGUUUGAAGAAAUGGCGAAGACUGACAAGGUUCGCUAUGACCGGGAAAUGAAAACCUAUGUGCCUCCUAAAGGUGAGAAAGGAGGGAAGAAGAAGAAAGACCCAAAUGCUCCCAAGAGACCCCCAUCCGCAUUUUUUGUCUUCUGCUCUGAUCACCGUCCGAAAAUUAAGGGGGACAACCCCGGCAUCUCCAUUGGUGAUAUUGCAAAGAAGCUCGGGGAGAUGUGGUCCAAGCUUACACCAAAAGAGAAGUCUCCUUAUGAGCAGAAGGCCAUGAAGUUUAAGGAGAAGUAUGAGAAGGAUGUUGCUGCAUAUCGUGCCAAAGGAGUAAAAGCAGAAAGUGUCAAGAAAGGUGGACCAGGUCGACCAGCAGCAAGAAAGGCAGUGGCUGCAGAUGAUGACGAUGAUGAAGAUGAAGAGGAUGAGGAAGAAGAAGAAGAGGAGGAGGAAGAGGAUGACGAUGAGGAUGAUGAUUAAACUAUCAGGAAAACUUGAGCUGAGUUAAUUGCAAAACAAUGUGAAUGCAUUUUUUUAGCAUUUAAAUUUUCAAAACAUGUACAGAGAUGUGUGUAAUCGAAUACAUAUUGAGGUCAUGUGCUGUUUUGUAAAUGUAACUGCUUUUUAAGCACUGCUUUUUUGUCUGAUAGAUGUGGUGUUCGGUUUCUCUCCCUGUUUCAUAUUAUUUCUACUGCCAUUUUAAGGAUAAAACAAUUGAACUUACGUAGUGUCUCCAUUUUUAAACGUUGAGCUAAGUUGUGUAGACUGAGGAUUUUUUUUUAAUUUUGUAUAUUAUGAUGGCUCCCCAUGUAUGUUUGAGUGCAAUUUUGAUGACUUAUUAAAGAUUUUUGCAGAA